UGAGGAGUACGCUGGCCUGCUCUUCAGUUCCAGGCAAUGUCUGUUCACUUCGAUGAGAGGAGCGGGGUGGUGCUUUGUCAGACGCCAUGGGGCUGCUGGUCUCAGACCAUGGAAGAGAUUUUCAUUGAAGUUAAUGUGCCUGAAGGGACAACAUCCAAAGAAAUCCAGUGCAAAUUGGGAAGUCGGGAUGUUUCACUGAUUGUGAAGGGGAAGGACGUACUUAAGGGGAAAUUAUUUGAUUCUACAAUAACUGAUGAAGCAACAUGGACUCUAGAGGAUAGGAAACUUAUACGGAUAGUCCUAACGAAAACAAAUCGGGACGCUGGCAAUUGCUGGAGCUCUUUAUUAGAAGGAGAAUAUUCAGCAGACCCCUGGAUCCAAGAUGAGAUGCAAAAGAAGCUUACACUUGAAAGAUUUCAGAGAGAGAAUCCAGGCUUCGAUUUCAGUGGAGCAGAAAUUUCUGGGAACUACAGCAAAGGGGGACCUGACUUCUCAAAUCUACAAAAGUGAACAAGAGACGUCUAUGAUAGUUCCAGUUCUUUUACCAGCAAGUUAAAGAGCAUUUUGCCUGUUGAAUUGUUUGUUUAUAAAUAAUUUCCCUGCCAAAUUUAGUUACAAAAAAAUUAGUAUUAUUUUCAGUCAUUUUUUAUGGUAUGUACCAUAAACCAUUGCCAAUUGAAUAUAAAAGGUCUUUUUGCUUAUUUUUUUAGAAGAUUAAAUGUGCCUUUCUUUUUUUCUCUUGCUUAUGUUUACCGCUAUUUUGGUUUAAUUAUAUGUCUGCUUCUUACUACUCCCUGCGGCCUACAUCUGCUCUUAAAAAAAAAAAAAAAUUAAAAAAGCAAUUAUUCUG